AUGGCAGACCCUGGUAUUCUUACUGAGGUUCCAACAGCAUUGAAGCGGUUAGCCAAGUAUGUCGUCCGGGGCUUUUAUGACAUUGAGCAUGUGUUGGCCUUGGACAUCUUGAUCCGGAACCGCUGUGUAAAAGAAGAGGACAUGCUGGAGCUGCUCAAGUUUAAUCGGAAGCAACUUCGAUCUGUUUUGAACAAUUUAAAGGCAGACAAGUUCAUCAAAUCCAGAAUGAGGGUAGAGACUGCUGCAAAUGGGAAGACCACCCACCAUAACUACUAUUUCAUCAGUUACCGAACUCUUGUCAAUGUCGUGAAAUACAAGCUGGACCACAUGAGAAGGAAGAUUGAAACGGAUGAGAGAAAUUCCACCAGUCGGGCUUCCUUCAAGUGUCCUGUCUGCUACAGCACUUUCACUGACCUAGACGCUAAUCAGCUGUUUGAACCCACGACAGGAACUUUCCACUGCACCUUUUGCCAUACAGAGGUAGAAGAAAAUGAAUCAGCAAUGCCCAAAAAAGAUGCUCGCACACUUUUGGCAAGAUUUAAUGAACAAAUUGAGCCCAUUUAUGCAUUGCUCCGAGAGAUAGAGGAUGUAAAGUUGGCCUACGAAAUACUUGAGCCUGAACCCACGGAAACUCCAGCCCUGAAGAAGAGCAAGGACCAAGGAGCAACUGCCGCUGGAGCUGUUGUCCUGGCAGGUGAGCACCAGCGGGAGGCACGGACCAACAAAGGCCCCUCGUAUGAGGACUUGUAUACUCAGAAUGUUGUCAUUAACAUGGAUGACCAAGAUGGUGUGCAUCGCUCCUCGCUGAAAGAGAAAGCUGCCAAAGAGAGACCCAUUUGGUUGAGAGAGAGCACUGUCCAAGGAGCGUACCGUUCUGGACAGAUGAAGAAAGAUGGCAUGGAUGUGGACACAUUUCAGGGGCGCAAGGAAGUCCGUGCAGGGCCUGACGACACUGAGGAGGCCAUGCGAGUUCUACUCAUUCAUGAGAAGAAGACUUGUUCGGCGACAGCUGGUUUGGUGGGAGCAGUCGCUCCAGCAAAGGCUGCUACUGACAGUGACUCUGAGAGUGAGACCAGUGAGUCGGACAACGCCUUUCCACCCCGGCCAGCCGCUGCAGCUCCUCAUCAUCGCGAUGAAGAUGAGGAGGACGAUGAGUUUGAGGAAGUAGCCGAUGACCCCAUGGUUUUGGUGGCUGGCUGUCCAUUCUCCUUCUCUGAGGUCUGCCAGCAGCCGGAGCUGGUAGCCCGGAUGACGCCGGAAGAGAAGGAAGCAUACAUAGCCAUUGGGCAGGGCAUGUUCGAGGAUAUGUUUGCGUGA